GUGUAUUUCUUAUUGUAUAAACUUUUUGUAUACAAAUUAUCUUUAUCCCUUUUUCAGUUCGUCAGAAUUAUUUCAAUUUUUUGCUCUAUUGUAGAGUUCCAUAAUAAAACGUUUUAUACCCCCUAAAAAUGUUGUAUGCCCCCAUAGCGUUCCGCAAAUUAGGCUGCAUAUUCAACUCUUUCCAUUUCUCACUUUGGCCGAACUGUUCCGCGGGCAGAACUCGAAGUUUUAGGAGAGCCCCACCCCUGCUUAGGUGUGAACAAAAUAAAAAGGAAAAGGUAAUUGUCUUUUAACUUUAAGUUCAUACCAACACUAAGAAGUGUCUGGAAUCUGGGAUACUAUUGUUUAUAGUGACAAUGUAUGAAGUUCCUCCUCCCAAACCUCCCAAACCAGGGCAAGUCAAAGUUGUUAAGGCUCUGUACACGUACACGGCACAGCAUGUAAGUGUGUUUUUUUAGCCUGAUGAAUUGUCAUUUGAAGAGGGAGAACUGCUGUAUGUAAUGGAUUCUUCCUCAGACCCCAACUGGUUCAAGGCUAAAUGUGGAAACCAGUUUGGACUGGUGCCUUGCAACUAUGUUGAAGAAAAUGCUGAACUUAUAACAAUGCCUCUUCAUGAUGCUUGCCGACGCGGAAAUGUCUCAUUUUUAGAAGAGGCAAUUCAAAAUGGAGUUUCUGUGAAUCAACUGGAUACAGCAGGCAAUACAGCCUUGUUCUGGGCAGCCCAUGGAGGGCACAUCCCCUGUAUGAAUCUGUUGCUUCAAUCUCCAAAAAUUGAUUUAGAUGUACAAAAUAAAUUAGGGGAUACAGCCUUACAUGCAGCUGCUUGGAAAGGUAGAGUUGAAGCUGUGUCUUUGUUGCUGUCCAGUGGUGCAAAAACAAAUAUUCAAAAUUGUGAAGGCAAGAAUGCAUUAGCCCUCUCCAGAGAUCCUGAGAUUACAAACAUCAUAGCAAAGCAUGAAGAUCACUUUUUAUCCAGCAAUGUCAGUGAUUAUUUUGGAAGUGUUGAUGAGCAGGAUUCAGAUUGAUUUCUGAAGUUUUGAUCCUUCAGUUCUUUUUUUUUUGUGUUAGAAAUUACCAAGUCAAGAAAGCUGGAGUAAUAUUUUUGUUUUAUGGUCCAUGUAUCUUUAAUUUUAUUUCAUUUUAAUGCUUGACCAAUGAUCCUAAAUUUAAACAAAGCUCUAUUUGGUUAUUGUUAACACACGAAUGAGAAUUUGUUUCAAGUUCCUAUAAUUGUUACGAUUUGCCAUACACUUUUUCAAAUGA